AUGGCACCACAACUACCACAAUCCCAAUAAAAAAAAUUCAAUCUUUUUUUGUGACCCAAAUGCCCAAAUGUGUCCCAUUUCAAAACCACGCUAUCGCCGCCUCCUUCACCACUAAAUUUUUUGAAUUGGAUUACGGUAAAACCGAAGUCACAAUUUGGGAGGCCAUAAAGAAGAGAGCUUUGAAUUGGAUUAAGGUUUUCAAGUGGAAGUGAAAAAAGAAGAGAGCUUUGUACAUGAGCUCAUCUCUUCUUUCUUUCGUCGUCGGACGCUCCAUUUCCAUUUAGCUGCAGAUUUUGGGGGAAUUUCUAGUUGAGGUCGAAUGGGGAGCAAUAACCGGUGGAACUGGGAAGUGGCGGGUUUCGAGCCGAGGAAAUCGGUGGAGCAGAGAGAUGAUUACCGGAGGGUGCCGGCGGCGCCGCGCCGCUACUCGAUGUCGAUAUCAUCGCAGUCGGACUUGUCCAAGCAAGCCGUCAACUCCAAGCUCGUUCGCUUGAGCGACAAAGUCAAGCUGGCCAGAGAAGAUUACUUGCAAUUAAGACAAGAAGCCAUGGAUCUCCAAGAAUAUUCAAGUGCUAAACUUGAUCGAGUGACACGUUACUUAGGUGUACUGGCUGAUAAGACUCGUAAGCUAGAUCAGGCUGCCCUUGAAACAGAAGCUAGAAUCUUUCCACUGCUAUCUGAGAAGAAAAAGCUGUUUAAUGACUUAUUGACAGCCAAAGGAAAUGUAAAGGUGUUUUGUCGUGUAAGACCUCUAUUUGAGGAGGAAGGCCCAGAUAUCGUAGAAUUUCCUGAUGAUAAUACCCUUCGGAUAAACACCGAAGAUGAAAGUCUCUCCAAUCCAAAGAAGGAUUUUGAGUUUGACAGGGUCUAUGGGCCUCAUGUUGGACAAGCCGAUCUCUUUGCUGAUAUUCAACCCUUUGUUCAGUCAGCAUUUGAUGGAUUUAAUGUUUCUCUAUUUUCAUAUGGGCAGACCUCAUCAGGAAAGACGCAUACUAUGGAAGGAUCUAGUCACGAUCGUGGUCUGUAUGCUCGGUCUUUUGAGGAGCUCUUUGAUUUAUCCAACUCAGAUGCAACUUCUACAUCUCGAUAUAGUUUUUCAGUUUCAGUCUUUGAGCUUUACAAUGAACAGAUAACAGAUUUACUUCUGGAGUCUGGAAGUAAUCAACCAAAAGUCUACAUUGGAUCAUUGGAUUAUGUUGUAGAACUUGUCCAGGAAAAAGUUGAGAACCCUUUAGAGUUCAACAGGAUUCUUAAAACAGCUUUUCUCAACCGAGGAACUGACACCUUGAAGUUUAAAGUUUCGCAUCUGAUUGUCAUCAUACACAUAUACUAUACGAACUUGAUCACUGGUGACAAUGUAUACAGCAAGCUUUCUCUAGUUGAUUUGGCAGGAAGUGAGAGUUCGAGAGUAGAGGAUGAAACUGGUGAACGUGCAACGGAAUUGCUGCAUGUCUUAAAGUCCCUCUCAGCAUUGGGUGAUGUUUUGGCAUCCUUAACUUCAAAGAAGGAUGAUAUUCCAUAUGAGAACUCAGUGCUAACAAAAGUUCUUGCAGAUUCGCUAGGUGGAAGCUCAAUAACUUUGAUGAUUGUUAACAUCUGCCCCAAUGUGCCCAGCAUGUCUGAGACACUAUCUUCUCUUAAUUUUUCUUCCAGAGCCCGAAAUGCUACAUUGAGCCUUGGGAGUCGAGAUACGAUCAAGAAAUGGAAAGAUAUUGCCAAUGAUGCACGUAAAGAAUUGCUUGAAAAGGAAAAGGAAGCCAGUGAAUUGAAGCUGGAAAGCAUGGGCCUAAAACAAGAUUUAAAGCUUGCAAAUGACCAGUGCGUUCUACUCUUCAAUGAAGUUCAGAAAGCCUGGAAAGUUUCUUUCACAUUGCAGUCAGAUUUAAAGACAGAUAAUAUAAUGCUUGCAGAUAAGUUUAAGAUAGAGAAGGAUCAGAACCUGCAACUACGGGAUCAAAUAACUCAUUUUUUACAAGUGGAACAAGACCAGAAAUUGCAGAUAGAAGAAAAGGAAUCAGCGAUUCAAAUAUUGCAGGCCAAAUUGAAGACCGUUGAGUCACAAUUGAAUGAAGCUCUUCUUAUCCACGAGACUAGGACGACAAAUGGCUCUGUAUCGCAGGCUGAAGAAAAUUCAAGCAACAAAGCCACAGGAGAUGACAUGGAUUCUGCUGCUGUUACCAAAAGACUUGAGGACGAACUGAAGAAACGGGAUGCACUCAUUGAGAGGUUGCAUGAAGAGAAUGAGAAGUUGUUUGAGAGGCUAACUGAGAAAGCUUCCUUAGCUGGAACUCCACAGGUAUCAAGCCCAUCUCCCAAGGCACCACUCAGUCAGUUCCGUGACCUGCAAAGGAACGAGAAUACCAAUGCCAAGGGACGCCCUGGUGAUGGUGUUCCACCUUUAGCCUCUGAAAAGACUCAGAGAGCUAUUGCAUUGGUUAAGACUGGUACUGACAUUGUCAAAACUACACCAGCUGGCGAAUAUCUUACUUCUGCUCUAAAUGAUUUUGAUCCAGAACAAUAUGACAGCCUUGCUGCAAUCUCAGAUGGGGCUAACAAGCUCUUGAUGCUGGUACUGGCUGCAGUCAUUAAGGCAGGUGCUUCUAGAGAGCAUGAAAUCCUGGCUGAAAUAAGAGAUGCUGUUUUUGCUUUCAUUCGUAAAAUGGAGCCCAGAAGAGUGAUGGAUACAAUGCUUGUCUCUCGUGUUAGGAUUCUCUAUAUAAGGUCCCUGCUUGCUCGAUCACCAGAGCUACAAUCAAUUAAGGUUUCUCCGGUUGAGCGCUUUCUUGAGAAGCCAAAUAAUGGACGUAGUAGAAGCUCUAGCCGUGGUAGCAGCCCUGGAAGAUCUCCAGUUCGUUACGAUUCUAGUUCAAGGAAUAUGUUGGUUGGGGACCAAAUUCAAGGGUUCAAAGUAAAUAUAAAACCAGAAAAGAAGUCAAAGUUGUCUUCAGUAGUUCUGAAGAUACGUGGAAUUGAUCAGGAGACAUGGCGACAGCAUAUAACAGGUGGAAAGCUCAGGGAAAUAACCGAAGAAGCAAAAAUUUAUUCAAUUGGAAACAAGGCUCUUGCAGCUCUUUUUGUUCAUACCCCUGCUGGCGAGCUCCAGCGUCAAAUUCGAAAUUGGCUUGCAGAGAACUUCGAUUUCCUUUCCAUUGCUGAUGACACGGCAGCAGGAACAACUGGUCAGCUGGAACUUCUCUCUACAGCAAUAAUGGAUGGUUGGAUGGCUGGACUUGGUGCUGCCCAGCCUCCGACUACUGAUGCUCUUGGACAGCUGUUAUCUGAAUAUGCCAGAUGUCUUUAUACUUCACAGCUGCAACAUUUGAAGGAUAUUGCUGGUACUUUGGCGACUGAAGCAGCGGAAGACUCUGCUCAAGUAGCUAAGCUACGUUCAGCUCUUGAAUCUGUUGAUCACAAGAGAAGAAAGAUUUUACAACAAAUGAAAAAUGACGCGGAGAUGUUAAAUUUAGAAAGUGGCGCUGCACCUAUUCGGAAUCCUUCCACUGCUGCUGAAGAUGCAAGGCUAGCGUCGUUAAUCUCCCUCGACAGCAUACUGAAGCAAGUCAAGGAUAUAAUGAGGCAAGCUUCUGUCAAUACACUGAGUAAGAGCAAGAAGCGAUCAAUGCUCGUCUCUCUAGACGAACUUUCCGAACAGAUGCCUUCUUUACUUGACAUUGACCAUCCGUGCGCUCAGAGCCAUAUUUCAGAAGCUCGGGAUGCUGUAGAGUCGACGGCAGAAGAGGAGGAUAAGCUUCUGGAGGCACCACCUCCCGGCACCAAAUUUUCUGCAGACGCGACGCACGGUUCUGAAACCGACGUGGCACAGUGGAACGUGUUGCAGUUCAACACGGGCUCCACGUCUCCCUUCAUAAUCAAAUGUGGAGCCAACUCAAAGUCGGAGCUGGUCGUGAAGGCAGAUGCGCGGGUGCAGGAACCCAAGGGUGGGGAGAUUGUGCGAGUUGUUCCAAGACCGACUGCCCUGGAGCAUAUGAGCCUGGAUGAGAUGAAGGAUGUGUUUGCGCAGCUCCCGGAGGCUCUGAGCCUGCUUGCUCUUGCUAGAACGGGAGAUGGAACCAGAGCUCGAUAUUCCAGACUGUACAGAACCCUGGCCAUGAAGGUUCCUGCACUAAGGGACCUAGUUGGUGAGCUUGAGAAGGGGGGUGUGCUCAAGGACAUCAAAGCGUGAUGAUAAGUCUCCUGCCCCUUUUUGUUGUAUUACCUAUACAUACUCUACGCCUCGACUAGACGGAGCGAGGGCCGGGCCCCGCGUCUUGCUCCGUCGGGGAAUUUUGUGAAGUAAACAUUGAAUGUGUGGGGUGUAGCAGGUCCUUGUGUAAUUUUUGUGGUUUUAUUUACUUGUUGUAGCAAUGGGCAUCCUUAUGAUUGUUGCCAUAUUCACCAUGUCUAUGGAAUUGAUUUGUAAAUACCUUCGGGCCUGGUCUCGGGUUCGGGCUUAUUGUAUUUUACUUUUUGAUAUAUUUUGUAGUAAGUUAGCCAACAAAUGAAUUGUGUCGGAGGAUAUGAUUUUCAUCUGGGCAAUGCUUCCCUAUUUUCCAAGUUAUAUUAAUAUUUCAUUUCAAUGCUUCA